UCAGAAACGAACAGCGUCUUUUAUAGUUAUGUACAAGUGUCAGAUAUUCAUAUCAGUAGAUUUCAGGAUCCUAAACGAACUUCUGACUUCGAAAAAUUCUGUUCUGAAACCAUUGGUACAAUUCAGCCAGCACUUGUUCUAGCAACAGGUGACCUGACAGAUGCUAAGGCAAGAGAUAAACUGGGAUCUGGGCAGGAAGAAGUGGAAUGGAAAACUUAUCAGUCAAUUCUGAAGAGAUCAAGGGUCAUGGAAAAAACCAAGUGGAUAGACAUCAAAGGGAAUCAUGAUUCAUUCAACAUUCCACACCUCGAUAGCGUUCAGAAUUAUUACAGGAAAUACUCUGCCUGGCAUAAAGAUGGCUCUUUCCAUUACACCCACACCACCUCUUUUGGGAACUAUUCCUUCAUCUGUGUGGAUGCCACACUCAGCCCAGGCCCUAAGAGACCCUUUAAUUUCUUCGGACUUUUAAACAUGAAUCAAAUGAAAGAGCUAUCAUCGAUGGCAACAGAAAGUCAGCACAGCAAUCACACUGUCUGGUUUGGCCACUACCCCACCUCAACAAUCAUCUCCCCAGCCCCAGGAAUACGAACAUUGAUGAGCUCUGCCACAGCCUAUUUAUGUGGACAUCUCCAUACACUGGGUGGGCUGAUGCCAGUCUUGCACAGUCAGCACCGUGGCGGCACUCUGGAACUUGAACUGGGAGACUGGAAGGAUAACAGAAGGUACCGGAUCCUUGCGUUUGAUCAUGACCUCCUUAGCUUUGCAGAUCUUCUCUUUGAAGAAUGGCCUGUAGUUCUCAUCACCAAUCCCAAAUCCUUCCUUUACAGCAGCUCUGCUCAUGAACCACUAGUCAGAAUUCUUCAUUCCACUCAUAUCAGAAUUCUGGCCUUCUCUCCUUCUGUCAUUAUCUCUGUCAAAGUCUACAUAGACGGAGUUCACUUGGGGAAUGCGCAUCAGGUGUCUGGCCCUCUCCAUGUACUGAAGUGGAGCCCGCAAAACUACAGUGAAGGGUUCCACCACAUAGAUGUGAUUGUCCAGGAUGCUUCGGGAAGAAUUAGCACACGGGAUCAUAUAUUUGCUAUGGAAGAAAAUCUUUCUCUUAGAUUUGGCUUUUUGCCAUCUGUUAUCCUUCUCAGUGACUCCUAUGUUCUAGCUCGGGUGCUCUUUGGACUGACUGUGCUGGUUCAGAUCGCCUUGCUCGUUAUUUUCAGAUACCUCCAAAAGCCAGCACUCAAAGAAAAACCAGGAUUAGUUAUCCUGACCUCAUAUUCCCUUCACGUCUUCAGUAAGACAAACAUCUUCUAUUACUCAAUUCUGCUUCUGAAUUUAUACACUGUUCUGGGACCGUGGUUUGUAGGUGAACUGAUAGAUGGCCAGGUCGGGGUCUGUUUUUCCUUCGGGGUGUUUGUUGGCGGCUCCUUCUUACAGGGCGGUGUGACGUUUGUGGUGGGGAUUUUUCAGAUGUUGUUUUUCAACCUGCCGUUAAUGGCCUAUCUGUGCUGGUGCCUGUUGCUGCGAUGCCAGGGUCACAGCUUCCGUUCUCACAUCCGUCACGUCCGACAGCUCGUGGCUGUGCUUGUUCACCUGGCAAUGGCUCUCCUCCUGGCCUGGCAGGUCUAUUCCUGCUAUUUCCUGCAGCGAACCCAUGGGACCUUGGCUUUCUUCCUCUCCCCAAUGAGAACGUGGCUGGUGGUGCUGACCUCAGCUCUGAUUUAUAAAACCUGGACACUGAAAUCAUCUGAGCUGAGAACUUACAUAGUAGAAAUGAAAAACUGUCAGAGCUACUGA